AUGAUUAAAUUUUUGUGUGUCAUUUUAUUUGCCGGAGCACACUACGCCGCUGGCGCCCCCAAUUCUGGCUACGUGUACAGCCGAGAAGCGGACGCAUGGCUGCGCCUGCACAUGGUGCCCGCCAGGUGGUCCGACGCGGGCAUGCGCUGUCUCCUCGAAGGUGGCGUUCUAGCUUCUCCCACGACCAAUGCCUUGGCCCAGGUGAUGGCAGCCAUUAUGGAUGACCACAAGCUGACUCGCAGCGUGUUCACCGGGAUCAACUCUAUCUUAGUCAGGGAAAACUUCACCUCUCUUGAAGGAGUGCCGCUGUCAUCUAUCCCGGUUGGCUGGGCCGCCGGUCAGCCGGACAACGACAAUGCUGACGAGGACUGCGUGGCGCUGACGGGCGCGGCCAAGUUGGAGGACGUUAGCUGCGAGAGCGUGCUCCCAUACUUCUGCAAGAAGGCCAGCAAGAGAAUUAACUGUGGAGAUGGAGAACAUGGUGACCCGCUCUCCGAGGCCGGAUUCAACGAGUGGAGUCUUAAUGAGCCCAAUAAUGCCACAGGAUAUGAGACCUGUGGCUCCAUUUUUGCUAGCGGACUUCUCAACGACGCUCAGUGCGAUGAACCACGCGCAUUUAUGUGCGAGUUUACCCUUUAA